UUCAACACCGCCAACCGGUAAAGCCGGCAAACAUAAAUCUACAACGCUUUUCAACAACAAUUCCCCGAUAAAAAUCACCACUAACGAUGGCUAAACAUCACCCAGAUUUAAUUUUCUGCCGUAAACAACCAGGUGUGGCUAUCGGACGCCUGUGCGAAAAGUGUGAUGGAAAGUGCGUGAUUUGCGAUUCGUACGUACGACCUUGUACGUUGGUUCGAAUUUGUGACGAAUGUAACUACGGUUCCUAUCAGGGGCGAUGCGUUAUAUGCGGAGGGCCGGGUGUGUCGGAUGCAUACUACUGCAAGGAAUGUACGAUUCAGGAAAAGGAUCGGGAUGGUUGUCCUAAAAUCGUUAAUCUCGGCAGCUCAAAAACAGAUCUUUUCUACGAGCGGAAAAAGUACGGCUUCAAAAGAUAAACGUAGCGUAACCGUGUUUAGAUUCUUACUGCAUAAACCUCUCCGGGCUUAGUUAAGAUACAAAUAAACAACAUAUACUACUAUAACAA